CGCGCCACGACAGCGCCAAUCGACGAGCCUCCCAGUGGCCUGCGAUGGGCUUCGGACACAAUCCACUCCCUCAGAAUCUGGCGCUCGAGUGUAGACGAGCGAGCAAGACGCUUCAGAGCUUUGUCGAUGCCAGUCAAGGACUCGAUGGCAUCAUCCCCACCGAGGUGCUACGAGCCGCAAGAGGCUUUGCGAUAUACUCCGUCGUCAAGGCUGGAUUCUUGGCCUCUGUACGAGCAGGCUCAGGACUCGUCAUCGCUCGCUUGGCCAACGGUACAUGGUCCGCUCCUUCAGCGAUAGGCACCGGCGGCCUCGGAUUCGGGGGCCAAGCGGGCGCAGAGCAAACAGAUGUCAUCCUCAUCCUCAACUCGAAAUCUGCCGUCGAGUCCUUCAUGAGCGCCGGGUCAAUCUCGAUAGGAGGUAACAUGUCCGUCGCUGUCGGACCUCUCGGCAGAAAUGCAGAAGGGGCAGGCAAUCUGAACACAAAAGGCAAGAUCGCUGCCAUCUACAGCUACUCAAAGACGCGCGGACUCUUUGGCGGUGUCAGCGUCGAGGGAUCCGUCAUUGUCGAACGCAGCGACUGCAACGGAAAGGCAUACGGGACAGAAGUCAGCGCGAAGCAGUUGCUCUCGGGCAAUAUCGAGGUUCCACCCUUUGCCGAACAGCUUAUCGCCACCAUCACGCGACUGGCCGGUUCAAAUCUCGACGGCAAUUGGGUCGACGAUUCUCCUAAGCGAGAAAAGGGCGAUUAUGCUUUCGGGGGCAAGUAUCACUCCAGCAGUCAGGCAGGCUCGCGUUCGCCAGCAGCAAGUGGCUCAUCAAAGAACCACUUCAACACCGCAUUCCGCAAUCUCAGUGAUGACGAGGACGACGAUGGCCGACCGGCCUUUCGAUGGAAGAACUCUCAAACGAGCAAUAUCUCUGACGAUGAAGAUCCGUUCAAGGAGCCUUCUAGCUACGAUCAGAAGAAGCAACGGGCCAGGGAACGAGGUGGCAGUCUGGGCUCCGCGAACCAGAAAGCGCGCUUCGAUGCAGAUGACGAUCCAUUUGCGGCCAUCGGAGGCCAGACAGAUACGACCAAAGUCAUGGGCGUGGGUGGCCAUCGAAGUGAGAGCGGUCGACGGUCGACAGUGACCGGCUCGCACAGUCGGCCUUCAGAGACUUCGCCCUUCAACGAACGCAACAGCCAGAGACCUUACAAAAGUCAUACGAACAGUCCGAGAAGGGACAGAUUUGACCAGCAUAACGGACCUUCUCCUCUUCGCAGUCGCACGUACGAGAGCGCAGAGGACGACGAGGACGAUCUCGUCAAUAGAGAUCAGAUCAACUUCUCUGGCGAGCCCGUGGGCAGCCUGUCCUCGUACAACAAUCGGAGACCUGGUGUACUUCGUCUGAUAUCGAAUAGUAUGAAGGGUGGCAAGUCAACACCGCCACUACCGGCGAUUAACGACAUGUACAACGACACGAGUCGGCGGAAUCGAGACUCAUUCGAUGAGGAUCUGCAAAGCUUCUCUCGUCGCUCGCCAAAGUCGACAUCAUCUCGAUACAGCCAAGACACAUCGAGGCUCGAUUCGCCGCAAUCGCCUGGCGACUCCUUCAAUUUUGCUGGCCAGAAGACAAGGCAGACCGGUACUCAUCUUGGUUCUGCCCGGUUGUCGCAGACGCUCAAGACCGACACAAAGACGCGCGAGACGCAGCCAGCGUACAAAUCACUCAUUGACAUGUCCGACUCGAGUGACGAUCUCGGCAAGGCUAUUGCGCUAUUCGACUACAACGGUCAGGCUGGAGAUCUCUCGUUCAAGCGCAACGAUGUCAUCACUAUCGUCGCGCGGCCUGCCAACGAGGAGUGGUGGACGGGUUCGAUCGGAUCGCGCAAAGGCAGCUUUCCUGCUCGAGAGGAGAUGCAAGGCAUGACGGGUCUGUUCGUCGACAAGCAGAGCUCAGGGUGGGAGAGUGACAGUGCUGCUCGAGCUGAAGCCCCCAAACAUCUUAACGUCUCUGUAAUCUAUAGAUCGGCGAGACGGCGUGCUGCCUUCAUAGGAGCGUGUGUGUUGUGUCAAGGCUGGCAUGUGUUCAAGUCGAGCGAUCAGAAGAUCGUCUCGAGCAAGGCAGAUGUGUGGUGCAUUGGGGAUCUCGAACGAGACCAAAGGCGCAUCGAUGACUGA